AUGGAGCCGGCCCCCGAGAUGAAGAGGAAUAGGUUCCCCAGCAUGAACUUUGAAGCAGAGAUUCUGGCAGCUCCACACGAUAAUUCAGAGCUAUAUGUGGUCCCCUCCAUGAGAAGUCUCACGGCUGAGGAGUAUGUAGAGGCCUUUAAGUCAUUUUUGGAUCAUUCGACGGAGCACCAGUGCAUGGAUGAGUUCAACAAGGAAGAAAUGCCUCGCAUCAUGGCAGGUCUCGGCAAUGGAAAAUCGAUGAUAAAUGUUCUGGGCGUGGGGAGCGGCACAGGUGAACAGGAUUUGAAAAUGAUCAGGAUCCUGCAGGCUGCACAUCCAGGGGUCCUUAUUAACAACGAAAUCGUAGAGCCCAACGCACAGCAUGUGGCUGCUUACAAAGAGCUGGUUAAUCAAGCUCCAGAUCUGCAGGGUGUCUCCUUUAUUUGGCACCAGCUCACUUCUUCAGAGUAUGAACAACAGGUGAAAGAGAAAUGCAUAAACAAGAAAUUUGACUUCAUACAUAUGAUUCAGAUGCUGUACCGUGUGGAAGAUAUUCCUAAUACCAUCAAGUUUUUCCACAGCUGCCUCGACCACCAGGGUAAACUCCUGAUCAUAAUUUUAUCAGACAGCAGCGGGUGGGCCAGCUUGUGGAAGAAGUACAGGCACUGCUUGCCUUCAACUGACAGCGGCCACUACAUCACCUCCGACGGCAUUACGGCUGUUUUGAGGAGGCUCGGCAUCCAGUACCGCGUCCAUGAGUUCCCAUCAGGCUGGGAUAUCACCAAGUGCUUUGUCGAGGGGGACCCGGCUGGAGGCCAAAUGAUGGAUUUCCUGACGGGGACGAAAAACUUCCUGGGCACGGCCCCGCCGGCUCUGCGGAGGCAUCUGCAAGAGGCUCUCUGCCAGCCCGAAUGCAGCAGCAAGAAGGACGGGAGGGUCAUUUUCUGCAACAACCUGAGUAUGAUCGUAGUUGAAUCCUAG